AUGGAAGGUGUAGCAACUACUCGAAUUCCUUUCGAAUCAACACAGUCUAAGCCAUUUCUCAAAACAUUUACCUCUAAUCCAGCCCAAAUCGCAAAACGACUAAACAGGCCUUCGUGUCCUUGUAAUACAAUACGUUCAUUCGUCUCUCCAUCAACACAUCCUGUCGCUAUCCUCUUUAAAUCAUCAUCUAAUAACUCUCUUGUUUCUACCAACAAGAGAUCUAUCCCUAUUGUAAUUAAUAGUGCCUAA